AUGUCGAAGCGUGACUAUGACACCCUGUCACGAGCGUCGCAUCCCGACGACUUCCACCUACGAUCUCCUGCGCAGCCACAACCCUACACCUCCCUUUAUUUUAACCCUAUAAGCGCAUAUACCUGCCCAUCAGCCGCAAUCCCUCCACCCUCCUCCAUACUUUUGGGCAAUGGACCGCCAUCCCACCUCGCCAGCAGCGGCACCAAAACAUACGCCUCGAGAUCUACCACACCGGCCAGCUCGGCAUCUGAUCUAAGCGAUGUGCCGAAAAACAUGAAAGAGAUCAGUCCGCCACCCCUUAGACGAUCCGAGGCCCGAACCGAGUCGCAAGUACCGAUCGCAAGCAACGCUGCAACUUCCACAGGAGCCCAACCUCACAGCUUUCCGAUGCAGAUGCCACAAUUCGCCGCGCCGCCAUCGAGAUCUUCUCGUGCUAGUAUUGUAGAAAAGCAAUGGGACAAGGCCGAUCUGGCCAAGACUCUACAAGAGUUUCUGAAAGGGGUCCGACAAGACCACUCGCGACUAGUCGCGCAUGCGAUUGAGGCCCUCGAACCUACAGAAUGGCGCGUUAGGAACGGCGCAGACCUCUUUCAGGGAUUGGGGACUGGCGCCGUUCCACAGAAGAAAGGAGAAACUAUGAGAAUUAAAUUCAAGCAACAUUUGAAAACCCGCAAGGACACGCGAGAGGAACAUUACGAGAUCAAAGCGAUCAAAACAGCGACAGAAAGGGUCCCAAGAUACCGAUUUCAUCAUGUCGAAAUAAAGAAAAACGUCCUCACGCCAAAUACGAUGUUGACAUUCGUCCCACACCUCCGUGACCUUGACAGCAGCGAGGAGCCAAAGUACAAUCUAUGGCUAAAGGAGCUCGAACAAAUUGAUACAGAAUCGGGCUUUAAGCCGAUGAACCGGGAGGAAAAGGUCAUUCUCACGAUCCAAACAGAGCGCGCAGCCACCGUAUCCCUAUAUCUCGAUACGUGGUUGGAGCAGCUUGGCAUAGCCAACUGUACAAAGGCCACAUUGGUCGCUCAUAUGGCUAGCCAGGAGCCUAGUGAUAAAAUGACGGCCCAGCAAAAGUCAGACAUUAUCCGAUCCAGCCGCGAGGCGACUGAUGGUAAUUCGGCUAGCCAGGAUGCGAGAAAGGCUGCGGCGUUAUUUACAGACGCAUUCAAACAGGUUUUCGAUAACGAUGACUUGCCACUGGCGAGUAGGAUUGAGCUUCGAAGGAGUCUACUGCUCGAGGAGUCUGUCGACGGCGUUUUGGAUCCAAAGGCUGCCGCAAAGGAUGCAGGUACCGGAACGCAAGGAGAUGUGUAUAAGACGACUGAAGCGCAUCUGGCCACUUAUAGCAUACUGGGCUGUCUCAUUUGCCACAGUCAUUCUUGCGACCACGGCGAGUAUGACAAGGAAAACCUCAAGCAGACCUUUUCUUUGUCAGCUGUGAUGCCGCUGUCCGACCUUCUCAAGCAACGACGACGAAAGCUGGCAUUAGAGAGCGUCGGUACUAGCGUGAGUGAGCUCACUGAGCUGCCAUGUCGCCGGGAAUGCUACCUAUCAACACCUCCAGUGAGCCAGAUGCAGGAGUUGAGACCUUGGGCAGAGGAAGAGAUGAGGCUUCUGAAAUCGAUAUUCUUAACGCUCGACCAAAGCAAGCUGCAAAGAGACCCAAUCUGUUUCGCUGCAGAUAUUUUGGAUCGCAAAUGUUGCGCCGUCUAUAUCAAGUUCAGGUCGCUGGCUGUCAAAUUACCAGAAGCCACGCGCUUAGAACCACCGCGAGUCAAAGCACUGUCAUGGUACGAUAAUCGUCGAAAAAUCCUUAUUGGGGACUGGCAGGACCACAUAAAAUCGCAUGAGCACCAACGCCGUGAAAUAAUCGAACCGUGUUCGCACGAGGGUCCUUGUACUCAGAAGUGUCGUUGUGUUCAAAUGGGCCUACUCUGCGAGAAGUGGUGUAGAUGCACGGUAGAUACGUGCUCAUACAAAUUUACUGGAUGCCCAUGCCGGGCUACGGGCAAGAGCUGCCAGGCCAAGCAAAAAGAUAAACCAUGCAUCUGCGUACAACUCAACCGCGAAUGCGACCCAGAGCUCUGUGGAACAUGCGGUGCCUUGGAAAGAGCCGAUCCGCAUAAUGCCAACGCUCAUGUAUUGCAUGAAACUGGUUGCCAGAAUUGCGAGCUCCAGCGGGGAGGCAGCAAGAAGCUUAUCCUGGGUCAGAGCCAACUAGAUGGGGUUGGAUAUGGAUUGUUUACGGCGGAGGAUAUUGCUCAGGAUGGUUUCGUGAUUGAAUAUGUGGGUGAGCUCAUUACUCAUGACGAAGGUGUACGAAGAGAGGCUCGUCGCGGUGAUGUGUUUGAUGAAGAGUCUAACAUCUCUUACGUCUUCACUCUGCUGGAGCAUGAAGGCAUCUGGGUCGAUGCCGCAACUUAUGGAAACCUCAGCCGCUAUAUCAACCAUGCGACUGAACAUGAUCGCACCGGCUCUAAUAUCACACCACGAAUUCUUUACGUUAACGGCGAGUUCAGAAUCAAGUUUACGGCUUUGCGAGACAUCCAAGCGGGUGAAGAGCUGUUUUUCAAUUACGGCGAAAACUUUCCGAACCUCACCAAGAAGCUUCUUGACACUAAGACAGGCCAGAAGCCAGUGAAGCCAGGGCGACCACCACGAUCGGCUGCCAGCACGGGCGUUGCGCGAAAGGCACCAAAGCCAGAGCAGAAGAAGAUGGAGCGCAAAAAGCCUGGAGCAAGGCGAAGGAGGCGGCGGACAAUUGUGAAAGACGACGACGACGAUGACGAUGAUGAUAUGCAGUCAGCAUACAUUCCACCGCUAAACCGAGCAGUAAAACGCAAACGAGGGCUGGAAAGAACUAGUUCGGACCAAGACAUGUAUCGCACUCGCGAAUCUAUACCGCAGACGCAGUGGCAGGAAUCAGCGGCAGAGGACGAGGACGGCUUGGUCGAGGAAGCAACACCCAACGGGGGCAUUAGGACUAGGCGUAUCCUGCGCGCCAGAGCAUCGGAGACGCCGACCAAAGUUGACAAGGUCAAGGCAGCGGGCAGACGCGGUGGUGCACGGCCAGGCAGUGGACGGCCUAGGAAACAUCCACGUCCCGUGCCGAAGCUAGUGCUCGAAAUGGCCGAGCCUGCGUGGCGGCUGAAGGAUCUCGCUACGGCAUUGCCAUGGCGUGACAGCUUGAGCGCAUCCCCACAGACGAUGCGCCAGGGACGAGCUGAACAAGAUGAGUCUGACGAGGUUGGAGACAGCCAGGAGUGGUCUACGGCUGGCGAAGAUGAUGCGUCAAAGGCCUACAGGCAAGACUCGCGGGGUGAAGAGGAGGAGGAUGAGGCCACGAGCGUGAACGGUGUGGAGGAAGAAGAGGAAGAAGAGGAAGAAGAUGACCAAGAUGUGGUGGUGCGAAAGCGAAUGGACCGAGCCACCAGAAACAGGCGGCCGCCAGCCAAAUUCCGCGGAGACGAUUUUUGA